AUGGGCUUAAUGGGCUUGAUUUGUCUAAUCAUCAUCACGAUCUUCAUCCCACCGUUAGGAGUCUUCAUCGUGGCGGGCUGUGGUGCGGAUUUACUGAUCAACCUUAUAUGCACGUUUCUCGGCUAUAUCCCAGGUCACUUUCACGCGUUCUACCUCAUCUUCGUGUACUACAACCGGAAGGACCAACGUAAGAAGGGGAUUCCGAUUGCAGCUGAUGCGCCGUUGAUCUUUAGUGAUCGGGUGCAGUAUGGUGGGAACCCGGGAAGUUAUCAGCCGUAUCACCAUGGCCCGAGGUAUUGA